AUGUACCUUGGUGCUUGUGAUUGGAGGCUUGUCGGCCCGUCUGAAGAGGAAGGUUGCCCCUCUCUGUUUGUUGAAGACAUAGAGGACCUGUCUUUCCAUGCUGACAUGCAGACAGUGAACCGACUCAAAUUCAUGGUACACAAACACAAACACACACACACUCACACACAGCACACACUGUGACACCAACCAACAAUAAAACACCAAAAAAGUCCUCCUGAAUCCUGUCCCUGUGUUUUGUCCCCAGAUCUCAGAUGCCCAUAAGCAGUGAUUUGAGGUUCCCUAUGAGCACGCCAAGCCCCCUAUCACCCAUACCUCUGGCUCCCUUAACUACAAGGUAGAGCUCACACACAACCCCUUCGGCCUCCGAGUACGCAGGGCAGCUACCAACAAAGUCCUGUGAGUUUAUGUGUGUUUCUGUCUGAUUGUGUCUUUCUGUCGGUCUCAAAAAUUAUUUGUCACAUCCGUCAGUCUAUCUGCUGCAGUCCAACCUUGGUACUAAUUCUCUUAGCGAAAUACAAGAGAAAAUAGCAGCCUAUACAUCUGGUUACAGCAUCACAUGUUAGACUUGAUCCUCUUACAGGUGCUGUAGACAAUGCAGUCACUUCAUUAAUAUGUGUUAUUCUGUCAGGACGCCAAAGACACGCACACACACACACGUGGCGGUCAGUGCCGUUUAAGAUGAGGGAGGAUUAUUAAUUUUUUUAUGAGCAUGGAGUGACAUUCAAUACCGCCUUGCACACUCUUGCCUGCAUCCAGCUGAUAUAGGGUGUAAUCAUUAGUCCAACAGUUGCAAACGAGAGUUUCUAUACGACAAAUUCAAGUACAUUUAUCCCGUUUUGUUCCGUUUGCUUCCGUUUAAGAAACGUUUUUCAACAGAAUCACGCGUAAACAGUAUUCACUCUCAUAACAGCCGUGUAGAAUUCCUUCUCUUCCCUUCGCUUGAGGAUUUCAAUGCACAACAAAUCAGCUGUUUGUGACCAGGCGAAAAAACCUUUCCAAGCCAAACCUCUACAAACAGCCUACAUCGUUGUCCCCAUAUUAGCUAAAGUAACGUCAUAGUCAGCAUAGCUAAUAGAACUAACACGUUAGUAAACCCGCUACAAUCAUGCAGUAACGUUAGUUCCAGUCAGUAAGCAGUUACACCGGCGGGUGGCAAUAAAUUAAGUAAUACCAAAAGCUUAACUUGACUUGGAAGAGUUCCGGUGUUAUGUUGGAAAGUCGUAGCCAGCUAACUAACAGGUUACUGUAGCCCUUCUUUGCAAAAUUGUGUGUUUUAAUCAGUUAUCUGGUGACAUGUGAUAAUAUUUAGUAUAGUUUUAUCUAAAAAGGAUAACUUUUCUAAUGUUUUACAAUUUGUAUUUUUAUGAAUUUCACUGAGGUCCUCCCCUUCCUCCUCUGAGGAGCCUCCACUGAUGCACAAACAUGUUUUCCAUGUUCCAUGUCAGUAUCCCCUGGCGAUCAAGACGGUGUAAUUACGCUUGUGUCACUCUGAGCAGGCUCAGUCAGUCUGUGGGACAUCACAGUCAUUAUACCAAUCAAUUACACCUCCAACCAGCCAACUUUUAAAAAAAACUUUCUACGGUCUCCGUGUAAAAGCAUUACACCCCCAACCAGCCAAAUAAACCUUUCUACAGUCUCCCUGUAAAACCAUUAAAAACAUGAUUAUGACUCCUGUUAAAACCAUUAAAACCAUGAUUAUGACUCGAGUUAAAACCAUUAAAACCAUAAUUAUGACUCCUGUUAAAACCAUCAAAACCAUGAUUAUGACUCCUGUAAAAAACAUGAUUAUUACUACUGUUAAAACCAUGAUUAUGACUCCUGUUAAAAUCAUUAAAACCAUGAUUAUGACUCCUUAAAAACCAUUAAAACCAUGAUUAUGACUCCUAUUAAAACCAUGAUUAUGACUCCUGUUAAAGCCAUUAAAACCAUGAUUAUGACUCCUGUUAAAACCAUGAUUAUGACUCCUGUUAAAACCAUCAAAACCAUGAUUAUGACUCCUGUUAAAACCAUUAAAACCAUGAUUAUGUCUCCUGUUAAAACCAUUAAAACCAUGACUAUGACUCCUGUUAAAACCAUUAAAACCAUGAUUAUGACUCCUGUUAAAACCAUGAUUAUGACUCCUGUUAAAACCAUUAAAACCAUGACUAUGAUUUAUUUUCAAACCAUUAAAACCAUGAUUAUGGCUCCUGUUAAAACCAUUAAAACCAUGACUAUGACUCCUGUUAAAACCAUUAAAACCAUGAUUAUGACUCCUGUUAAAACCAUGAUUAUGACUCCUGUUAAAACCAUUAAAACCAUGACUAUGAUUCCUGUUAAAACCAUUAAAACCAUGAAUAUGACUCCUGUUAAAACCAUUAAAACCAUGAUUUUGACUCCUGUUAAAACCAUGAUUAUGACUCCUGUUAGAAGCAUUAAAAUCAUGAUUAUGACUCCUGUUAAAACCAUGAUUAUGAUUCCUGUUAAAACCAAUUAUGACUCCUGUUAAAACCAUUAAAACCAUGAUUAUGAUUCCUGUUAAAACAAGAUUAUGACUCCUGUUAAAACUAUUAAAACCAUGAUUAUGGCUCCUGUUAAAACCAUUAAAACCAUGAUUAUGCCUCCUAUUAAAACCAUUAAAACCAUGAUUAUGACUCCUGUUAAAACCAUUAAAACCAUGACUAUGAUUCCUUUUAAAACCAUUAAAACCAUGAAUAUGACUCCUGUUAAAACCAUUAAAACCAUGAUUUUGACUCCUGUUAAAACCAUUAAAACCAUGAUUUUGACUCCUAUUAAAACCGUUUAAGCCAUGAUUAUGACUACUAUUAAAACCAUUAAAACCAUGAUUAUGACUCCUGUUAAAACCAUUAAAACCAUGAUUAUGAUUCCUGUUAAAACAAGAUUAUGACUCCUGUUAAAACCAUUAAAACCAUGAUUAUGGCUCCUGUUAAAACCAUUAAAACCAUGGUUAUGCCUCCUAUUAAAACCAUUAAAACCAUGGAUAUCACUCCUGUUAAAACCAUGAUUAUGACUCCUAUUAAAAUCAUUCAAACCAUGAUUAUGACUCCUGUUAAAACCAUGAUUAUGACUCCUGUUAAAAGCAUUGGCCUAAAUGAAUAGGGCUAAAUUGAAAUGUUUCUUACAGAAUAAAUAUGAAAAGCAUAUGCGUAACCAUGGUAGCAAUAGAAAGAGAACAGUUUGGAGAUAACGGGGAAAUGAUUAGACCAAAGUUGAGGACACAACAGUUCACCUGACACAAGACUGAACACAAACAUUACACUGUUGAUUGUAUGUGCAUUUUCAGUGGUGUAAAGUACUUAAGUUAAAAUACUUUAAAGUAUUACUUAAGUCGUUUCUUGGGGUAUCUGUACUUUACUAUUUAGAUUUUUGACAACUUGUACUUUUACUUUAAUACAUUCCUAAAGAAAAUAAUGCAUUUUUAACCCAUACAUUUUCCCUGACACCCAAAAGUACUUGUUACAUUACAAAUGCUUAGCAGGACAGGUCAAGUGUCCAAGUCACGCGCUUCUCUAGAAAACAUCCCUGGCCAUCCACCCCUCUACAGUCAAUAAACACGUUUGGACAUUUGGGUAUUUGGGAUUGCUUGUUUCACGUCAAAGCGGUACGUAUUAUAAUCCUCAUCUUUCAAAAAAUAUGGAGCAAUCUUAAUUUACAGCAUUUUCCUCACUCAGACAACAAAACAUUUGCAAAAGUCGCCCAAUUAGCGGGAGGGAUGGGGGCAAUUUCUUGUCUUGUGCGGUGCUCAAGGUCAGAAUGUCUCUCAGUCAAAACCCACACUGUGCCAGGAAGCACAGAGCCUGAGUUCUGACGUCAUGUAUAGCAUGUUACGUUACAGCCACUAACGUUCCAAUUUAUACACUUAUUAGGUCCCAAAUAUGCCAUUUUCAACCCGUAUACGGGUACGAGUGUAAAGGGCUACAAACAUUAAACCACUACUGUUAUUGCUGCUGGUAAAUAGGACUGAGUGACAUGCAAAUUAAUUAACUUUUCACUCCAUGUAUAAGCCCUACAAAUAUGCUUUGUAAAAGCAUUAAACUAAUAUUAUUAUCUGCUGCUGAAAAUAGGACUUAAUGAGAAGUGAAUUUAUUCAUUUACAUAGUGCAUGGUCCUGUGUCUGCUUUUAGUCUAUCUGUCAACUAUAGAGGCACACAUAUACAAUGUACAGGAUGGUACAGAAUAGCACCACUUGUUAAUGACUGUCCGAUUAUACCACUUCCUCAGUGACUUAGAGGAAAAAAUUGUUAUAACCACAGUGACUGUGUGUUUAAAGGGUAUGACCUUUUACUUUCCUUUGCCCAAUGUGCUUAUCAGAUAUCUGGCAUUUGGCUCACAGAGAUAGAAAGGGAUAUUGCUUUAUACUGCAUGCUAUAUUGCACAUUACUGGGUAAUAUUUACUACAUUACUGGAUAAUAUUUACUACAUUAUUGGUAACAUUUACUAUAUUACUGGGUAAUAUUUACUACAUUACCUGGUAAUAUUUACUACAUUGCUGGGUAAUAUUAACUACAUUGCUGGGUAAUAUGUGCUACAUAACUGGGUCAUAUUUACUACAUUACUGGGUAAUAUGUACUACAUUAUUGGAUAAUAUUUACAACAUUACUAGGUAAUAUUUACUACCUUACUGGGUAAUAUUUACUACAUUUCUGGGUAAUAUUUACAACAUUGCUGGGUAAUAUGUGCAACAAUACUGGGUAAUAUUUACUACCUUACUGGUUAAUAUUUACUACAUUACUGGGUAACAUUUACUACAUUAAUAGUUAAUAUGUACUACCUUACUGGGUAAUAUUUACUACAUUGCUGGGUAAUAUUUACUACAUUACUGGGUAAUAUUUACUACAUUACUGGUAAUAUUUACUACAUUACUGGGUAAUAUUUACUACAAUACUGGGUAAUAUUUACUACCUUACUGGGUAAUAUUUACUACAUUACUGGGUACUAUUUACUACAUCCUGAGUGGCGCAGUGGUCUAAGGCACUGCAUCGCAGUGCUAACUGUGCCACUAGAGAUCCUGGUUCGAAUCCAGGCUCUGUCGCAGCUGGCCGCGACUGGGAGACUCAUGGGCGGCGCACAAUUGGCCCAGCGUCAUCCAGGGUAGGGGAAGGAAUGGCAGGCAGGGAGGUAGCUCAGUUGAUAGAGCAUGGCGUUUGCAACGCCAGGGUUGUGGGUUCGAUUCCCACGGGGGGCCAGUAUAAAAAAAUAUGUAUUCACUAACUGUAAGUCGCUCUGGAUAAGAGCGUCUGCUAAAUGACGUAAAUGUAAUUACUGGGUAAUAUUUAAUACCUUACUGGGUAAUAUUUACUACAUUACUGGGUAAUAUGUAUUACAUUACUGGGUAAAUUGCUGGUGUUGAGUCUCAUCAAUAUAUGUCCUGGUUUAGAUAUAGCUCUUCAGAUGACAUGAGCAGGUACAUGUUGAGAGAGAGAGAAAAAUCAUUGACAUGUAUUCCUAUGAUAGUAUAAGCUUGCACUCUGACCAUAUGGAACUUGUGUCAUUCUCCACAGUGAUAAAGGCUUUAAUAACUAACCAUACUAAAAUCAAUUUAACCCUUAGCAAUUCCAAUCAUACCGAAUAACUCUCCACUUUUCAACCAUUACAUUCAACAGUGCCAUGUUUAGGUGAGCUGUGGUAGGGUUGUGUUCCUGUUCCUGUCAUCCAUUAGCCCAAUUACAAGGAGUCUAGUCUCUUUAGGUGGACUUCCCCGAUGGACAGGGAGUACCAAGGUCAUUAUACUACACUGUGAUUGAUUCCUCAUCCUACAGUACUUAGUAGGAUGAGACCUCUAUCUCUGUCAGGGGAGUUCCUGUACAUUGAUUUAGUUUAGACUGUAGUUCGCCUAAUGGUCUUCCUUUCUUUGUCUCAGGAUGUUGGCUAAUGUUUUUCUCACUGUAAUAAAAACAUAAAGGUUGUUAAAAGCAAGCUCUGCACAGUGCUUAGUGUGCACAGACACACAACUCAAUUCAUUAUACUGCUCUUUAUAUACAUCUCCCUCUCUCUCUCUCUCUCUCUCUCUCUCUGUCUCUCUCUGUCACUCUCUCUCUCUCCAUUUUACUCUCUCACCCGUCUACUAUUGAGCAAGGAAUCAGAAGGGAAGAUAUCUCAAUGUAUGUCUUGUUAGUAAUGUCAGUGGGAUUCAACUACACAGGCCUCGUUAUAGUGUGUUCUGAUAGUCUGUCUGCAGGUUCUCCCAGAGGGUUUUUCCUCCAUAACAAUGGCCUGUCAGCAUACUGUACUAUACAGUUCAUUACAUACCCUGUGUGUUGUAAUAUAACCACUGUCUCUCCUCUUCUCAACACAAAAAACACCCACUCACCUCCCAACAAACCCACCACUCCACAAACACACACACACACACACACACACACACACACACACACACACACACAUACACACACACACACACAAACACACACACAGGCUUGACACCACAGUGGAUUCACUUGUGUUUACUGAUCAGUACCUGCAGCUGUCUGCCAGACUGCCAUCCCAUAAUAUAUAUGGGCUAGGAGAACACGUCCUUCAGAACUAUCUUCGUGGCACCAACUGGAGGACCUGGUCUAUCUUCACACGAGAUGCAUUCCCUAAUGGGGUGAGUACUGAGUAGGAUAUACACACACAUACUGUAAUGCACACAAAUACAUUGAUCGUUCUCCAACAUCACACAAGCAGCAUGUAUUCUAUAAGGAGCACAGCUCAUAUCUGUCAGCUAAUGUGCACACGGUGUGUGUGUGUGUGUGUGUAGAUUCCAUCCCAAAGGUCGGGUAAUUUAAUGUCUUGUAAGCUAAUUAGUUUGUGCCGCCACCCCCUCAGCUUCGAUCCAUCCAUCUGUCUCUCUCUCUCAUCCUUUUCUUUCCUUCAUCCCCCAGGGGACACAAAACCUCUAUGGUCACUAUCCCUACCUCCUCUGUCUGGAGGACGAGACUGGCAAGUCCUUCGUAGUCUUCCUCAUGAACAGCAACGCAACGGGUUAAAAACACACACACACACACGGGCCUACCGAGCAAUCCAAGGCAAUGCAUCACAGUGCUAGAGGCGUCACUACAGACCCGGGUUUGAUCCCAGGCUGUGUCACAAACUACCGUGAUCGGGAGUCCCAUAGGGAGGCGCACAAUUGGCCCAGCGUCGUCCGGGUUAGGGGAGGGUUUGGCCGGGGGGGAUUUACUUGGCUCAACGAGCUCUAGCGACACCUUGUGGUGGGCCGGGCGCAUGCAGGCUGACCCUGGUUGUCAGGUGAACGUUCUUACCUCUGACACAUUGGUGCGGCUGGCUUCUGGGUUAAGCGGGUGGGUGUUAAGAAGCGUUGGGGAGUUGCAGCGAUGAGACAAGAUCGAAAUUGUGGGAGAAAAAAGGAGGUACAAAUUUAAAUAAAUAUAAAACACACAAUCAUACAACAGAAACACAUGAAAAGACUUGUCCAGAGAUCAGAAUAUACAGUGACUUCGGAAAGUAUUCAGACACCUUGACUUUUUCCAUAUUUUGUUACGUUACAGCCAUAUUCUAAAAUUUAUUAAAUAUUGUUGUUUUUUUCUCAGCAAUUUACAUAAAACAGCCCACAAUGACAAUGCGAAAACAGUUGAUUUGAAAUUGUUGUAAAAAAAAAAUUACAAUAAAAAAUGAAAAACAUUAUUUACAUAAGUAUUCAGACCCUUUGCUAUGAGACUUGUUUCCAUUGAUCAUCCUUGAGAUGUUUCUACAACUUGAUUGGAGUCCACCUGUGGUCAAUUCAAUUGAUUGGACAUGAUUUGGAAAGGCACACACCUGUCUAUAUAAGGUCCCACAGUUGACAGUGCAUGUCAGAGCAAAGACCAAGCCAUGAGGUCGAAGGAAUUAUCUGUAGAGCUCCGAGAUUGGAUUGUGGGAAGGGUACCAAACAAUUUCUGCAGCAUUGAAGGUCCCCAAGAACACAGUGGCCUCCAUCAUUCUUAAAUGGAAGAAGUAUGGAACCACCAAGACUCAUCCUAGAGCUGGCCGCCUGGCCAAACUGAGCAAUCGGGGGAGAAGGGCCUUGGUCAGGAAGGUGACCAAGAACCCGAGCGCUCAGGACCUCAGACUGGGGCGAAGGUUCACCUUCCAACAGGACAUCAACCCUAAACAUACACCCAAGACAACGCAGGAGUCUCUGAAUGUCCUUGAGUGGCUCAGCCAGAAGCCCGGACUUGAACCCGAUCGAACAUCUCUGGAGAGACCCGAAAUAGCUGUGCAGCAACGCUCCACAUCACCUGACAGAGCUUGAGAGAUCUGCAGAGAAGAAUGUGAGAUACUCCCGCAAAUACAGUGUUCAUGCGUGAACGUAUACCAAGAAGACUGAGUCUGAGUUCUGAAUACUGUGUAAAGUGCUGUUUGCUGUGGAGAUUAUAAAUUUUAGACAUGGUUGUAUUAACAAAAAACAAUGGGGAAAAAACUCUGUUGUACAAAUGUGACUUGGUAAAGGGGGGGGGGGGGGGGGGGUGGGCAAGGCAAAUUAGUCUGGGUAGCCAUUGCGUUGAUUAGAUGUUUCAGGAGUCCUCAUGUCUUGGGAGUAGAAGCUGUUUAGAAGCCUCUUGGACCUAGACUUGGCACUCCGGUACCGCUUGCAGUGUGGUAGCAGAGAGAACAGUCUAUGACCAGGGUGGCUGGAGUCUAUGACAAUUUUUAGGGCCUUCCUCUGACACCGCCUGGUAUAGAGGUUCUGGAUGGCAGGAAGCUUGGCCCCAGUGAUGUACUGGGCCGUACGCACUACCCUCUGUAUUUUAUUUUUAUUUUACCUUUAUUUAAGUAAGCAAGUCAGUUAAGAACACAUUCUUAUUUACAAUGACGGCCUACACCGGCCAAACCUGUAGUGUCUUGCGGUCGGAGGCCGAGCAGUUGCCAUACCAGGCAGUGAGGCAACCAGUCAGGAUGCUCUCGAUAGUGCAGCUGUAGAACCUUUUGAGGAUCUGAGAAACCAUGCAAAAUCUUUUCAGUCUCCUGAGGGGGAAUAGGUUUUGUAGUGCCCUCUUCACAACUGUCUUGGUGGUCUUGGACCAUGAUAGUUUGUUAGUGAUGUGGACACCAAGGAACUUGAAGCUCUCAAUCCACUACAGCCCGUCAAUGAGAAUGGGGGCGUGCUUGGUCCUCUUCUUUUUCCUGUAGUCCACAAUCAUCUCCUUUGUCUUGAUCAUGUUGAGGGAGAGGUUAUUGUCCUGGCACCACAUCGCCAGGUCUCUGACCUCCUCCCUAUAGGCUGUCUCAUCGUUGUCAGUGAUGAGGCCUACCACUGUUGUGUCAUCGGCAAACGUAAUGAUGGUGUUGGAGUCGUGCCUGGCCUUGCAGUCAUGAGUGAACUGGGAGUACAGGAGAGGACUGAGCACACACCCCAGAGGGGCCCCCGUGUUUUUAGGAUCAGCGUGGCGGAUGUGUUGUUACCUACCCUUUCCACCUGGGGGUAGCCCGUCAGGAAGUCCAGGAUCCAGUUGCAGAGGGAGGUGUUUAGUCCCAGGGACCUUAGCUUGGUGAUGAGCUUUGAGGGGACUAUGGUGUUGAACGCUGAGCCAUGGUGUUCCUAAGGCACUGUAUCUCAUCCCUGUGUGGUUUUGUUUGAGACCCUGUCCAGAGGUGAUGCUUCAGCUGGCCCCAGUAGUGACCUACGGAACCAUUGGAGGAGUUCUGGACUUCUACAUCCUUCUGGGAGACACACCUGAACAGGUGGUACAGUAGUUCCUAUAGGUGAGACAGAGAGCGCAGUUGACUUUCACUCUGAAGCUGAUCAUUUGGAAGUGUGUGGUAAGCAUGGAUGCUCUGUGAUGCAGUGAUACAGUGAUACAUGUGGAAUCAGUAUAUGUGCAUGUGUGUUGAGUGUGAUGGAAGGAGUCAGGCGCAGGAGGGUAAUCACCGAAUACAGAGUUUAUUCCUUUGUGGACACACAAAGGCGCUUAAAUAGCGAUCAACGAAACAGGCUCAGGGGAAACUCUCAUCCCUGGCAAAUACACUGUAACGGUAGAAUCCAAUAAUACAUAGGCACAGGGGAAUGUCUACCCUGGCAACAAAAUGUACGAGUAGCCCCACCGAGCUACACUACUCUCACAAAUAACAAUCACCCACAAGGACAAGGGGGCAGAGGGAACACUUAUACACUGACUAAUGAGGGGAUUCGAACCAGGUGUGAGUGAUUGACAAGACAAGACAAAGGUGAUGAUGAUUGGGGCGGCAGUGGUUAGUAAGCUGGUGACGACGAACGCCGAAGCCUGCCCGAACAAGGAGGGGAGGCAGCCUCGGCCGAAGUCAUGACAGCAUGUUACAUAUUUCUUGUGUGUGUGUGUGUCCAGCUGAUCGGCAGGCCAGUGAUUCCUCCAUACUGAGCUCUAGGCUUCCAGUUGUCUCUUCGGGACUAUGGCAGUCUGGAUGAAGUCAAGACAACCGUACGGUAGAACUACGGUAUAACUAUUGGUUCUAUAGGGACCUAGGUCACACACUAGCUCACCAGACAUUUGGGAACCAAGUCAUUAUGUUAGAGCUAGAAACCAUCUAGGAGCUAGAGAAAUAUUGAAAACCAUGAGGUACCAGCAAAUCAGAAAGUGAAAAUUGUCCUGUAUGUCCACCAAUAACAAAACGGGAGCAAUGGAUUAGUAAAUUAUACCCACCAAUCACAAGUAAGGGAAAUACUGCUUGGAAGCCAGGAAUCAUUAGAAAUCAGUUCCACACUGAAAGCUAUAAGCAAAGGUCCGUAAUCCACCUACCACGAGAUAGGAUUCAGCUGUAGACGAGAGAUAUGAAGCUCUCUAUCAGAGCUGGAAAGGCAGCAUGUGUGAGGGAGAUGACCUUUUGCUCUCUGGGAGAAUCCUGUUCCCUGUCAAAUGGGUAGAGUCUGAUAGUCUGGUCUCCAGUCCUUCAGGAGUCUCCAGCAAACGGGAUAAAUAUUUACCAUGUGAAAACUCAUCAGCUCCUAACGAGAAUUUAACUAACCUCCAAGACAAUCAAGAGGUCUAACUUUGACACAAACAAUCACAAAAAAACGCAGAAAAAACAAGCGUACUCUUUUUGUUUUAAUAACCGCGUCCUUAAUGUCCCCCUUCGACAUUAAGAUACAGCUGGUUGACAGCGGAUAUAUUGAGGGACAUAUUUGAUAGCGAUCAGAUAGACCACAGAGGGCAUUAUCACAUUAUCCUAAUACGUCUGGAACUGAUUACCAUUAGCAGGGAACUGGCAGGAGCUGGGAACCAUCUGUUAGAGUGAUACGGAGAGGGACUGCCAAGCCACAGAAUCAAGGCCCAGACCAAAAACAGAAUGUGCUAACACUCUAGAAUCCUCCAAAGGUUCCACUACACAUUAGCCAAGUCACUAGCACUCACAUCAAGGUCUGAGUCUUGCAGGCAUGCCAGUAGGCUUCUGCUAAAGCAGAUGCGCUUAACUUAUGCUAAGACGCAAAUAUGUGUGAGGGGAAUGCAUUAAAGUAAUGUAAAAAUAUGCUCAUUUCUGAGUCUGAGCGGAUGUGUUUAAGUUACGCUAAGUUGCAAACAUUUGAGUGGAUGCGUAUAGUCUCUGAGUCAUUCUAUAUGCAUUACAUUCAUACUAAGAUGCAAAUGCAUUUAAGGGAAUACAUUUCAGUCAUGCCAAGACGUUAAUAUUUUAUUUAAACGCAUGAUAAGAUGCAGCUUAUUUUGAGUGGACGCAUUGCACCGCAGUAAAUACAUGCCAAGUGGCGGAGUAUUUAAGCCAUACUGUCAAAUAUCUGAGUGACUUGGACUGAAUGUAAACAUGCAAUGAUGCUGAUAAUAUGAGUGGUUGUAAAGACAAAUACUGCGUGAUUAUGACAAUAGCGUUCAAAUCCUAUAGCCUCAAUUAAAACAUUAUAUCAGACCUAAUGUAUGAUUUACUAUGUGUAUGUUACUAUAUCGUCUACCUGUUUCUCUUCUGUCCCAGGACAUCCAGUAUACUGACAUUGACUAUAUGGAAGAGAAGAAGGACUUCACUUAUGAUGCGGUCAAAUUCAGAGACCUCCCUCAGUUCGCUGAUUACGUGCACGAGAAGGGACAGAAGUACAUUCUCAUAUCAGUGAGAAACACACGUUGA